CCUCAGUUGGUGUGACCGCAUCCGGAAACGUGAAGUGAGCGCCAUCGGCUGCGUUUUUCGCGAAAUAUAGAAAAUAUACGGAGCAUCAUGGGCGACAAGCUGCUGGACUCUACGCAGAUCAUCAAUGGAUUGGCUGUGAUGCUCUCCUUUUUCGUGGGCUACCGUUACGCCCUUAAGCGUGGAGACGUCAAGGACUCGUCCCCUGAAGGAGCGGCUGCAUCGGCGUCCGGAUCCUCAGGGUUCAGUGUUUCCGAGGCGGCUCCUGUUGCGGAUAAGGGUUUCGGAGGUUUCAACGACAACUUCAAGAUGGUCCUUGUGGUGCGCAACGACCUCAAGAUGGGCAAAGGCAAGAUCGCCGCCCAAUGUGGCCACGGAGCAGUGGGUGCCUACCAGCGAGCGGUGGCCAGGACGCCCCGGCUGUUGCGGGCGUGGGAAAACUGCGGAUGCGCCAAGAUCGCCGUGCGCGUGGAGAGCGAGGCGGAGCUGAUGGCGAUCAAGAAGGCCGCCGAGCGGCAGCAGCUAAACACGUGCCUUAUCCGCGAUGCCGGUCGCACCCAGAUCGAGGCGAACUCCAAGACUGUGCUGGCCGUGGGCCCAGCGGCCGCCGUGGACAUCGACCGGGUCACCGGCCACCUGAAGCUGCUGUAAAAUCCGGAACACGGGAACUUUUACACGCCAUGUGGCAUCACUAACCCACUCGAGUGCAACCCGACAAUUCUCAAAGCAAUAGGGCGCGUUGGUGGAGCGGCGGAGGCGGCAGUGAAUGGCGUCAUGCCGCCGGAAAGGAGGCAGAGGGGAGGACGACGACUGUGACACGCAAGUUAAGCUAAGAUUUACGUUAUCACGUUAACUGUGAGUUGAGCUAUUAAAUAUUAAACGAUUUACAGUCCGGCCUGGACCUGCAAAGCUCUCAAA